UUUCAAUACAGCAAUGCCACUUCAUAUCUCAUCCAAACACAUCACGCUACCAAACGAUUCGACUCCACUGGAAUAAAUUCACAAAAGAUCUAAACCAACAGGGAUUUAGAACCCUACGCCGUAUCUUUCCGCGGGGACGGAUUCAACAAAAAGGUUUACGCCGUUAAUUUUCCACCCUGGAACACCUUUAAGCAAAGAGGGAUUACUUCACAAUCCUCGACAGAGAUUCGAGACUGUGGAGAAACCUUUGGAGCAACCAAAUUCAUCGAGAACAGAUCACCGGACGAAGACAACAACAACAUCCGUUCAGAUAAAAAUGGCGAGCAAGGCAGUAAAGACUAGUGAGAAUCAGAAGAAGAGAAGAUCACGUGAUGCAGCUCGAUCCAGGAGAGGACAGCAGAAUGAUGAGUUUGUGGAGCUUGCCAAUCAGCUGCCAUUGCCUGCAGGACUGUCAUCGCAGCUUGACAGAUUGUGCAUCAUGCGGCUGGUCAACAGCUACAUUAAAAUGAAAAACCUUCUUCAAUCUCUGGUGUCCCAAGACACAAAGAAGAUUGUCUCUCUUAAUGUAGCAGAUACCAUGGUAUACGACAAGGCGUCACUGGAGGCACUAGAUGGGUUCGUCUUUGUUGUAACACCAGAUGGCCAGUGCAUUUAUGUGUCAGAUAACAUAACCCAUUAUAUGGGACUCACACAGAUUGAAGUAACUGGUAACAGUUUCUACAAAUAUAUCCAUCCCUGCGAUCAUGAAGAACUGUCCAAUCAGCUUGGAGGACAGAUUCCACUGGAAGACAUGGAAAUCUUUGAUGGCCUGUUCUGCUCUGAUUCUGUCUUUAUGAUGAGCAACCACCUGAAGGGCGGAUCAAAAAAAUCCAUCCAUGAGAACCCACACAAGUCAUUCUUCUUGCGCAUAAAAAGCACAUUGACGAGCAGAGGAAAGAAUGUUAACCUUCGAGCCUCAACCUACAGAGUCGUCCACUGCACUGGUUGCAUGAAAAUGUCUGUGAAAGUGUCAGACUCAGGAGAAGAAGAAAAGGUUCCAUUAUUCAUGGUCGCCAUUGGAGUACCACUUAUGUUCACAUCCACUUUUGAAGUUCCGCUGGACAGAGCCACAUUUACCAGUCGUCACAGCCUUGACAUGAAAUUCCUUUCAUGUGAUGACAGUGUAUCAGACCUCCUUGGUUUCACACCAGCAGAGAUUGUUGGCAAGUCUUGGUAUCACUUCCAACAUGCAUGUGACUUGGACACAGCAUUAGCAUGUCACAAGACAUUGCUGACCAAGGGGCAGUCUGUGAGCAAAUACUACCGAUUCUUGGUUCGUAAUGGAGGAUGGGUGUGGCUUCAGACCAAGGCCAACAUUGUUUAUGACAGUAAGACAUGCCAGCCGCAGUUUGUCCUCUGCACAAAUUACAUCAUCAUGAGAGUUGAUGAGAAGGAUUUUGUACUGUCCACUGAACAACUCAACCCCAUUCCUGCUCCUCUGGGUCUGGACCUUGUGGUGAAAAAAGAAAAUGAAAAGGGAAGGGGAAGGGGAACUAGGAGAAAACAUUCCAUUGUGCUGGAGGAACGUACCAAGGUGCUGAAGGCAACAGCUAAUGAACAGCGUCCAAGUGCAGACAUCAAACCAAAGAAGGAGAGCAACCUAAAAUCCUGCUGUAUGAAGACACUCCCAAAACAGGCAGCAAAGAAAUCCUGUCAGUGUCUUGAGGAUGUUGACUGUGAGCAUAUUAAUUUUCAGGAGUGCAUUCCAGUGGCAUGGGACACCAAUGAUGACCUCAUUGAGCAACAAAAGGAAUAUGAAGAGCUGCUGCAAACACACUAUGGUGUUACUGAUGACUUUCCCAGUCCCACCCAGUCAGAAAACAGCACUGCUGAAAAUAGAGUCCCCUACAUUCCUUCUCCAAGUAACGACCAAAACAUUGACAAAGGGAAGGUAGCUAAUGAGGAGGAAGAAAAUUUUGAUGAACGUGCUCCAUUUAUUCCACUUUCUAUCAUGGACUCAGAGCUGGAUUGUGAUGAUCAUUUAAUAGUUGAGAUUCCUUUCCUUGAUUCACCAAUGAUACCAUCACCCUCAUCAUGGCUACUAAAUGCUGACGAAAGCAUUCCAUCUCCAGGAAGUUCUGGUAUGCUGCCUCCAGCCAACCCUCCACCCUACAACUGUCGCCCUAGUCUGUCAAACUCAAGCUCACCUGUGUUAAACAGAAAGGAGAUCCCUAUGGCUGUUAAACGCAAUGGGUAUGUGACAAACGAGACAGCUUACAAAGGGAAAGCACUGUUUCCAAACAUCAGUCCCUGGGAGGCUGAAGUGAAUGCACCAGUUCAGAAUAUUAAUCUUUUGCAAGGUGAAGACCUGCUUGAAGCGCUUGAAUGUGGCGACUUCUUGUGACCUUUGACUGAUAGACUAAAGCCACCUGUAUGUCUCAUCUAGGAGUGACAGUCGGAGGACCUAUUUCAAUUAUCUGUAGGUUAUAUACUCAACUUUACAAGUUGUUUGCAUUGAAUUUCUGAUUGUAUAGCAAUAUGCAAUUCCAGUAAUCUUCAUCAGGGAACGUAUGUCACUGAUUCACUCAUAUUUAGCUUUAAGUUUGGAAUUUUUUAGUUUGUUUUUCUGUUUGAUGAUAGAGUGGUGGAGUGGUGAGCCUUAUGGACUCCGAAUAGAAAGGUUCGAGCCCUGGCCGAGUCCUAAUGCAUGACAUGUUACCCUCCUACUGCCUCUCUCCACCCAGGGCAGGGUUGUUUAAAGCUGGGUUAAGAUAACCUUGGGUUAGUGCGAUAUCUGGUUUCGGAUCUGAAAGCUCUAAAGAAAAUUUAGUAUAAUUCCUUUGAAGUACAAUUCAAUGAUUGAAUGCUCCAAAAAGAAUAGAAAAAAGUAUCAGAAACAGCUUUUGAACAAAGGAAUAACUUAAGAAACUCAGAUUAAGAAUCUGACGUUGGGUUUGGGCUAAUCAGCCUUUGAACACCUGGGCCUGCAGAAAUAGAAAUGGGUACCAGUUAGCUUUCAGGGAAAUCCAAAAUAACUGAGGAGGACUGGGGAAUAGCUGUUAUGGACUGUCAUCCUAUCCCAUGUAGAUAUACAACUAGAAAUAUGUACAAAUCAGGGAUAAGCAACCACAGGCCACAGUUUUGAGCUUCUUGGUCUUAAGAUUUAAGAAUACCUUUUUUUCCUUAAUAGGGAAAUAUGAAUAAGCAAUAAAGUUACCUGUACUGAUGUGGUGUAGACAAACUUUUUGCAAGUUGAUUGUGUUGUGUUUGCCACUCAACAGAUUUUUGACAUGUUUUCCAAAUGUGAGGCACACUAGAAGGCAACUUGACAGUAUAUAACAAUAUUAAAAAAUUGUCUCAAGUUUAGGAAAAAGAUAUCUUUAGUGAGUUCUCAUUCAGAAAUUUAUGCCUGCUGCAUUUGCAGAGAAGGUGUCUAAAACCUUGUUGAGUGGCAGGGUAACAAUUAUCACUACCAGUUUUUGAUUCUGGUGAAAAAGAAGCAUACUGAGUUAAAUCAUUCUUCAAAGAGCAAAAUCUUAAGCUGUGCCUCACAGAUACCAAGGCAGUAAAUGCAGAAAAUCCUAGGAGCAGGACUUAUUUCUCAACUGCAGUUGGUUAUCAAGUUUAAAAUUGUCCAGACUGUUUGGAUUCAAACAAAAGAACUUGUAGCUUCACUCAGCAGGUUUAAUGACACUAAGAUUGUCCUCGUAGAGUGGUAUUUUAAAUUGUGUGUAUACAUUCAGUCACAACAGUAUUAGUCCAAAGAAAACAUAGUGUUUUAUAGUAGCUUCAAAAUUAGUUGUAGUAUACUACAAGAUUUUACUCAUAUAGUGCAGUAUUGAAUGUAGUGUAUGUCUAUGGCUGAGUGCAUUGUGUGCCUCCUUUGUUUUCUUUGUGGUGGUGUGAAUGUUUGUCCUACUGAUCACUUGAUGGCUUCUUUGUGCCUGUGUCAGUUUGGUCAUUUGGGAAUGGAAUGUUCUAAAGGGAAUCAAAUGUUAUAAAGAUCUGCAUUAGGAAUUUUGUAACUUUACAGUGUAGUGUGUUUGAAUGCUCUUGUUGGUCUGCUAGUCUAACUUGCAGAGGUGUGUGGAAAGCCUUCAAUGUAGAAUCACAAUUUAUUUCACCAAUAGUGAUGCAUAUAAACUUAAAAAAAAAAAGUAUUGAGUGAUUGAUAUAGCUACAGGCAUAUUUAGUAAGGUUGUAUUGUUGGCAAAAACUGACAACUUGAGUAAACUUCUCAAGAGCUUUACAUCUUUGAAUUCUUCAUCAUUAAAAUCAAAACAUGUACAGGUAUA